AUGGGCAGGAUAACCGAGGUCGCCGCCGCAGAGCCUCUGAUGCUCGAGUCGCGCUUUCUACAGAAUCUGCUGGACGUGGGGGGCGCUGCAAUCGCCGAUUUACUGCAACGAGCUGCUAAUUCGAGAGACGAGGACCUUGUUGAAACGCUGGCGGUAGCCGCCUACGAACGCUGCUGGGAGAAACUGCAUUGUGGCAGCUGGAAGGACGUGCUUCCAGUGUGGCGCCAAGCGUUUGGGCUUGCCAGUGUGCUGCAAGCGCGCUGCCUACAGUGCCGCAAACAGUCAGCAGAGUGCCUGAAAUUGCUCGACAUGUGUUUAAUGAUGGCUGGGCCGCUGGCGCCGCCCGAGACACACGCACUCAUUGCCAGUGUGGAGCGGCAGCUCGCUGAAGACGCUCAGGAGGAUGAAUUAUCCGAAUCACGUCACUUCAAGAGGCCGCGGUUGGAGAACGAGGGAUUACUGCACCAUGGUGGCGAGGUGAAGGAACCAACGCUGAAGUUCCCUGUGCGACGACUGAAGAUGCCGACACUGGAGGAAUUUCGACGCACUGUGGUGCUACAAAACGAGCCGGUGAUUAUUACUGAAGCGAUGGAGUUCUGGCCAGCGCUAGGGCGAGCAGCAGGACCGGAGAGAGCGUGGAAGAAUGUGAAGUAUCUGCGCCGAGUCGCCGGGCUCCGAACGGUACCGGUUGAGAUUGGCUCGAGCUACUUGGGAAAUGACUGGGGGCAACAACUCAUGACCUUGAACGAGUUCCUGGACCGGCAUAUUCUCCCACCGCUAGAUAAAGAGAACGAUCACCCUGUCUCACCUAGAAAGUUGGGAUACUUGGCACAACACCGCCUUUUUGACCAGAUCCCAGCACUGGGGCGCGACAUCAUGACUCCAGACUACUGCACGGUGCAGCGUGAUGAAGACGUUGACGAUGACGAGGACAUUACGACCAACUGUUGGUUCGGUCCCGGGGGAACGGUGUCGCCGCUUCAUUUCGAUCCGAAAGACAACGUCCUCUGCCAGGUCGUAGGUGCCAAAUAUCUCCGUUUAUACGCGCCGGACGAAAACGAAAAGCUCUACCCAAUUGAAGGUAUGCUGUCGAACACGAGUUUGGUACAAGUGGAAGACCCAGACGACGAGCAGUUCCCUGAAUUCCGGAAUGCGAAGUACGUCGAGUGCGUCCUACACGAGGGCGAGAUGCUUUACAUCCCUCCCAAAUACUGGCACUAUGUUAAAUCUCUCUCCACCAGCUUCUCCGUAAGUUUCUGGUGGUCAUAG